AUGGGUAUUGUCGUCAGUGAGGAGGGCAACGCCGCUGGUCCUAGCGAACAGCAGAAACUUGAAAGGAUAACCGCAGAGAAUGACUAUGGCUUGAUCAUGGCAACUCUGGACCAGAUAUCCGUGUUUCUUGGGACUUGGUGGACUUCAUCUCUUACCCAUAGGAUACAGACCUUCAAAAGCUAUACGCAGGUUCCACUCAUGGCAAUUAUAAGUCGCGAGAGGAUGUCAUAUGGCACUCUGGGGUUUUACUUUGCCGGGAUACCAGCAUGGGCCAUGUCUACGUGUCUAUCCAUCAUUCGGCACCAGCCCCUUGAGCGCUUAAUUUCUUCCAUCCAAAACCGAUUUCCUGGUAAUGAUGUGCUGUCGAAAACGAUUAGGGCAUCGUUCACUCUCCUUCAUUCUGCGCAUAUAUGUAUUCCCUUCUGCAAUCCCUUCACCUUGUCCACCCUAAUUCCCUACCGGGGCUUCAAUUCCUCAUUUCCGCUUGGAGAAUUUUCCGUUCUUCAGUUCCCAACUCUGCCCGCCGAACUUUCUGUCGAGGCCUUCAGCGGCUUCCUGUUCAGUGCCUUGAAAACACCCGCUCUAAUGGUCUACACAUACAUGUAUUUCCGUCCUCUCGUCGAGCUCAGACUCUAUCGUUUGAUCCGCCGACGCCUGCCAAAACCCAGCCUUGCAGAUGAGCUUUCCAUCAAAGUGGCUUUCGAGAACGACCUGAUCGACUGGAUGGUCCCCACACUUGGACGGAGGGCAGACGAAGAGAACUAUCGUGGACACCUCUCUUUAUUUGAUGAUAUAAUUUACGAGCUAGGCUUUUAUCGGUACCUCGUGCUGAGAUGCUUCGGUAUCAAGACCCACUCCGGCAUACGACCGUCAGAGCCUGCGGCCACUUCCCGCCACAGAGGGGAAUUGGUAGAAUCUCCGUCGCCAGAUAUUGAGCCGAUACAGAGUCAGCGCCAGCCUCGGGCCCGUCGGCUUCAGCGGCAAUCAGCAGUGCCCCCUGCCCCGGAGGAGUUGCUCCGUGGACAGGUUCCUGACAUGGAUCUCCCCGAGUUACCUGUCUCAGAUCAGACUCCGGAACAAAGUUUUGAUCUGGGUGAGAGUCGGGUCCUGGCAAGCGAGGAGCAUCGCAUAUCCCAAUCACCUGCGGAGAUGAGUAGCGGUGACUUCUCUGAGCUGGCACCUCCGGACACCAUGCCUUCUGUCGCUACUCCUCCGUCAAACCCAGAGAAUAUGGACCGAUCUGCGGCUGCAAGCAGACGCAACUCUCGCUCGAACACUCUCUUUUCACGCCCAUCCUCUCCCGAGACUUCUUCACCAACGUCGCCUCGUGUUCGUGCCUCACUGAUUCACCAAAAUUCCGAUGUCAUCACCAUGCAGCUGGAGCUCUUAGGAAACCGGCAGUCAAGGAGCCAAAGCGGGAACCCAACCGGAAAUGAUUCUGAGCAGGCAGAAGAAGUGAAUGGGGAGCCUGCAAGACGUCGAGCAUCUUACAAGCCUCGGCAAUAUCCUUCCAGACUCUAUCGAGGAGCCCGGCCAUGA